UCUUGCAGUCUUUCAGCAAGCGAUCCAGAAGGAAAGAUACAGUCAUUAUCUGUUAGACUGAGAAGGUUUGCAAAGAAGCAAAAUGAAUAUGGUAUAGCAGACCACAGAAGUGGGAAAAAAGAAGACUGAUACAGAAUAUCAGGAAUCAGAAUAGAAAACGCAUAUCUCAUAAUUAUAAUUUUUUUUUGUCUUUUCAGUGUCUCCUCUUUAAGAGAUAAGUUCCCAUGAGAUUCUUCAGACUCACAUUUAAGUGUUUUGUGGAUUGUUUUUGAAGGUGUUGCACUUCUGGUGCUUUUUACCUUGAAGUCUAUUCGGUUUUCUUUUGGAAUUUUUUUUAAUCAAGACACAAUAUCCUACAAUAUUCUUUCAAUCAUCUGUGCAUUUGUCCAAUACAAUAUAAAGAAAAGUUGUCUUUCUCAUCACAGGAGAAAGAAACUAUUGCAAACAACAGUCUAUCUAGAUUGCAAGAAAGAGGCCGGAAGAACUGCAAGAGAAAAAAAUUUUGAUCAGAGGGUCUGCUCAGGACUGUACAUUUUAAGGAAACUGAGCCAUGGAGAAUACUGCUCUGAACAGUGAAUGCUGUAUAGUGGAUGGAGUCUCUAAUGAAGAGAAGAAGGGGCAUCUCAUUCCCAAUGGAAAUGGACACCAGCAUAGGCACUCAAGAGCAAGUGGUACCAUACCGCCCCCAGUGGUCAGGGCAGAGGUUCCAGAAAGAGACAUGUGGACCAGGCAGAUGGAUUUUAUUAUGUCCUGCGUGGGAUUUGCUGUAGGCCUGGGAAAUGUGUGGAGAUUCCCCUAUUUGUGCUACAAAAAUGGCGGAGGUGUUUUCUUCAUUCCAUACAUCACAAUCAUGUUGACUGGUGGCAUCCCAAUCUUCUUCCUUGAGAUAUCUUUGGGUCAGUUCAUGAAAGCAGGCAGCAUCAAUGUGUGGAAUAUUGCCCCCCUUUUUAAAGGCUUAGGCUAUGCUUCAAUGGUCAUUGUGUUCUACUGCAACACCUACUACAUCAUGGUGCUGGCGUGGGGGUUUUACUAUCUUGUCAAGUCUUUUACCCACACACUUCCUUGGUCAAGCUGCAAAAACCCUUGGAACAGUGAAAACUGCAUUGAAAUUUUUCGGCAUGAUGAAUGUAGAAAUGGCACCAUUGGAAAUGCAACUUUUGGAAACAUGACAUGUGAGGAGCUGGCAACUGGGAGAUCACCCAUUAUUGAAUUCUGGGAGAACAAAGUUCUGAAUAUUUCAAAUGGAUUAGAAACACCAGGUUCUAUUAACUGGGAAGUGAUGCUGUGUCUUAUGGCAACUUGGAUUAUCGUGUACUUCUGUGUCUGGAAAGGGGUCAAAUCAACAGGAAAGAUUGUGUAUUUUACAGCCACUUUCCCAUAUGUAGUCCUUAUCAUCCUGCUUAUUCGUGGCGUAACCCUGCCAGGCGCUUAUGAUGGCAUUCUCUAUUACCUGAAGCCAGAUUGGUCUAAACUUGCUUCAGCACAGGUUUGGAUUGACGCUGGUACACAGAUCUUUUUUUCUUAUGCAAUCGGACUUGGUGCUCUUACUGCACUAGGCAGCUAUAACCGAUUCAACAAUGACUGCUACAAAGAUGCCUUUAUCAUAUCUCUUAUUAACAGUGGGACCAGCUUCUUUGCUGGGUUUGUUGUCUUCUCUAUUCUGGGAUUUAUGGCUUCAGAGCAAGGUGUGGAUAUUUCUAAGGUUGCUGAAUCAGGUCCAGGCCUGGCAUUUAUUGCAUACCCCAAGGCUGUCACCCUGAUGCCAGUUGCCCCACUUUGGGCAGCUCUGUUCUUCUUUAUGCUUUUGCUUCUUGGACUGGACAGCCAGUUUGUAGGUGUUGAAGGCUUCAUCACUGGGAUCCUUGACAUCUUACCUGGAAAGUAUUAUAUGCGCUAUCGUCGUGAGAUAACUGUAGCCGUUUGUUGUGGGCUGUGUUUCAUAAUUGACCUCUCAAUGGUCACACAGGGAGGGAUGUAUGUCUUCCAACUUUUUGACUAUUACUCAGCCAGUGGGAUGACUCUGUUAUGGCAGACAUUCUGGGAAUGUGUAGUCGUGUCUUGGGUUUAUGGUGGAGACAGAUUCAUGGAUGACAUUGCACGCAUGAUUGGUUACCGUCCUUUUCCAUUGGUGACGUGGUGCUGGAAAUUUAUCACCCCAUGUGUUUGUAUGGGAAUAUUCUUUUUUCAUCUUGUGAACUAUAAACCUCUAACCUACAACAAAGUCUAUGUGUAUCCCUGGUGGGGUGAGGUGAUUGGAUGGUGUUUCGCUCUGUCAUCCAUGUUGUGCAUUCCAGCCACCGUGAUCUACAAGAUCUUCCGUGCCAAAGGCACUUUUAGAGAGCGUUGGUUACACUUGACCAAACCUGUGUGGGGUGCCCACCAUCUGGAAUACAUGUCCCCAGAUGCUGACAUCAAGAGCCUAGCCUCACUGACACCUGGCUCUGAGGAUAACAAGGUCAUCAUAUUUGAAAGUGUCAUGUGAGGCUGAAGUCUACAUUAUGCAAAAAAAAAUUCCAUCUUAGUCUUCACAUCAGCAAGGCCUCCAUGUUAGCUUCAUCAUCUGACUGGUAAAUAGCAAUGUAAGCAAGAGGGGCACAUCAGAAUUCUUGCACACAAAGAUCUGUAAAAUAAUUAAAUUAUGCUAGAUUUACCAGAAAAAUUAUCUAAGCAAGGUAAACACUGAAAAGUGAUAUUAUAGUAAAUAUGUUGUAUAAUUAGAAAAAAAUAAUUAAAAUAUUCAGCAAUGUUAGUGAUGUCCGUCAGAUAAUACUAAACAUGAAUUGCAAUGUUUGUGAUAAACUUUACCUUCUGAGCUUCAGGAUUACACCAGAAUGUGGCGCUUUCUCAUCACUCGAAAUUGAAGAACACUCUUUGACUUACUGGUACGGGUUGACAUGAUUUAAUCAAUACCUUGUCAUUUCUUGUUCACACCUGAUAUUCCCACUUUAAAAGCAAUUCUUCCUCAAUAUCUGAGCCUGAACGUUUUGAAGAGUGCUAUACAGAAAUAAAGUGAAUUGGAUGAAUUGAUGGACUGGAGCCCUAUGCAACCAGGAAUUACCUCCAGCCACUUGCAACAUGGAUGCAUAAAAGAAAUUAAUUUUUAAAAACUUUCCAGUGUUUUCCUUGCUGAGUUAAUUUCCCAUUGUUCACACCAGCUCAUGUGUACAGAACUCUACCCUGGUGUACAAGUAGUUGUGCCAAUUAUUUAAGUGUCUGCUUAUAGGCAAUGAGUCCAGACUGAGUUAGCUUGCAUUCAUCCAACCGCAGAUCAGUACUUGCAGCUUAUUUGACUUUUGUCUUAAAUGUAUAUAAAGAUAAUUGCAUCAAGAGUUCAUCUUGUAAGCCACAUCUCCCAGGUGUCUUGUGUACUGCUAGAUUUCCACCCUGUUGUAAAUUAACAUUGGAAGCAGGGCAACUCAAACCAACAUUUUACACAUCUUUUGGAUUUUGUCUGGAUAGUCAUUGCUUCAUAUCUGAAGGCUGUAAAGAAACAAAAACAGUAGAAAAGAGAGGUGGCGUCUCCAAGGGAAAAGUAGCACCACUGCCCUGUGGCCCACAGACAUGAAGAUGUGCGUUGAGAAGAACUGCUUUGAAUGAACCAGCAGGCCAGCUUCUAGAAGUGGAUUGGCACAUUGUUGUAAAAUGGUAUCUCUGGCUCAUGGCUUAGACUAAUCUUUAGGAUGCCAAAAUAUGUUAAGAAUAAUCAUGAUACUGUAAAUUUAGAAUUUUUCUUCGACUACUCAGAAUAUAAAUGAAAUUUAUUUUGAGAAUCACUUUAUUUUGUUGAAGUUUGUAAAAAAUGUAAUUAUAUACAGUAUGUAUAUGUAAGAAAGACAAAUGCAGUACCUUUGGAGUGAAUAAUUGCAGUAUACAGUGGUGCUUGGCUGACAGCCAAAGAUAGGCUUUUAUGAGUGAUAACAUGCUAAGGUCCAUUAGGUUUCUAAUAUUUGUGUGUCGAAACCUCCGCUGAAGCCAUCCUUAAGAUGCGACCAGAGUUCUUCGUAAUGUGACUCAGUGUCCCAAUUUGGAGUAUUGUCAAUAAGCACGCUUGCACUGCCCAAUCAGAACCGAAUCAAACGCUACCAGUAAAUUUUCCUCCAGCUAGAAUCAUAGAGUUGAUCCUUGAGAUCUGGAGCCGUAGUAUCGAUUUGGAUCACUCUGAUGUUGGAGCUCAGGUGGCCGUGUAAACGCUAUACUGAAUCAUGCCCCAGCAAGCUGUGCAAUCGCUCAGAAUUUUUUUUCCCAGUCCCUUUAAGAAAAUGAUCCAUAUCUUACAAGAACAUUACUUAUCUUGCCUCUGUUUUCAAACUAGAUGUUUUAUAAACAUAGGCUUACCUUAGUAACCAUUGGCACAAGUUAUUCUCAUAUUAGGCAGUCAUCAUUGCUUUCUUUUUAGCUUUUGUUUCCUUUGAGACUAUCACAAAUGAGACCGUAGAGUCAAAAACCUAAAUCCAUUCAGUGAAAUAAAACAUAACUUCCUAUGGUUGUGCUGGAUGACAGCUUGAUCUUUAAUCUCCAAGGUGAGGAUAGCAUUAGUAUUAGGAGUGGGGUCACAAAUGCACACCCAGACACAUUAAUGGGGUCACUCGGAACUGAUGCGACUUUUUCCCACAUUAAGAGCUCCUAUUGGUUGCAGGUCUCCGUGUUCCAUUCAGCAGCUCGUCCAGAGAGCAUACAUAUGUUAACUCAGUGUUGCUCAGAGCAGAAAAUAGCAGUUGAUGGUAUAAAUAUGACUGUUUUGAUUAGGUGGCAUUUGAAAUUGCUCCAUCACAGUGUAAACGCAACAAAUGUGCCACAUAUGUGUGCGCCAGGCAUACGUGUGCGCAGAAAGGCUUGCAACACAGUUUUUGUAUUGAUAAAAGUGUGUUCUACACGUACUGCUAGAAUACGCAUAAGCGUUUAUGCCCUUCUUGUACCAGCCUAACUCCUGCGCUUAUGCCAAGUUUAAAAUUAAUUUGUCAUUGCUCCUAAACCUUUUCCAGUAGAUUGCAUUUCAAGAGAAGUCUACAGAUCAGAAAAACAUGCUUGUGAAUGUUUAUUACUGAUUCCUUCACCACCAUAACCUAACCCAACAACACCAUUUUGAGGGUCACUGUAAAUGUUUUGGGCAACCCAUGUACAGCUACAGAAUUCGCAUUGGGCUGACAGAAGGUCAAAAGACACCCCUAAUGCGUUUUUGUAAAUAAAUACAAUAGAUGGGCAAUAAAUGUGUUUAAAUACUGAGAUGAAUGCAAGAGAGCUGCUGGCAUCUUCCUAGAGACGACAUGUUUGUAAGCACUUAACACGUCCGUUUGCCUCUGCACAUGUGAUGCUGGUGAUGCUUUUGUUCAGUUUGUACAACCAAAUAGAAAACAUUGUAGAAGACACCAGAGAGUGAAAGGUACAGUGACAUUAGGCUGUAAGUCGCCCCAUUUGUAAGAAUAUCCCACAGACUAUUUGCCCAAGUGAAAUUUCUACCCAAGGACAUUCACAUUUACACCCAACUGCUGCCCCAUAUUAACUUGCAAACAGGCCAGAGAAUCGGUUGCAUUUAGGUCAGUAGUGUGUGUUGCACCACUUUCCCCAGGGUCAGGCAGAAGCAAAAUAAAAGUUCAGGUUCAAAAUAAAGUGAUAGAAUAUGGAGGUUUGUCUAAGGUAGAUGUACCACUUUAGAUGCCAAAAUCUUGGUCUCAUGCUGUUUGCUAAGGAUGACGGGCCAGCUUCUAAAGACCAGAAAUGUGAAUCCGUACUGAGACUUCAUCCCAAAGCCAGACGUCCUUGAACUCAGAUAAAUAUUUUCUCUGCCAACUCUACUCCCGAUAUUUUCUUUUCCAAUUCCAUUUUUCAGUAGUUUAGAUGGCGUGAAUUUUCAGUGCCAUUAUAUUUCAAUAUUGAUGUUUCACUCCAGACAGAAAUUUUGGGGACGUCACCUCCAGGUUAUUUCUGUCAAAGGACUGAAAGCACCAAAUUCGUCUUAUCAAAGCUGGAAAUUUCACUGUGCAGUAUUUUUUCUUUUCAGGGUUUAUUUUAGUUGUUCAUACAAUCCGACUAUUGCUUAAAAAGUCUGAAAUUUGAACAGGCAGAAAACCGGUUGAUCCAAGGAUGAUUUUUUCCCACCACGUGCAGAGGAGCGUGAUGUAACUGUAGAAAGAAUAGCUGGACAUUUUAACAGAUGUGGAGUGAGCUCUGCUCAGUUGAAAUAGUGAAGGCCUACUUAGAAUGGAGUGUCAGAUGUCAUUCCUUGUUGAUGUCCCAUAUGAAGGAUCCCGUAACCCAAAUGGCAGGUAAAGCUCGAUUUCGCAUAAGCUGACCGGGUAUCUGACCAGGUACAAAAUCGACUUGUCACUCAGUACAGCAGGUAGCACCGUGAGCUAACACAGAAACUGGACUGUUCUUGGCUUUCCUUUUGGCCAUUCCGUGAAACUUGAAUUUAUGACAGCAGUUUAAGACAUAUUGAGAUACGUUGUUUUUUAUCCAGUCGAUGGUCUACACAUUUUUCAGAAGAUACUAAUGAAGUGUGGAGACCAGACUGGCUUUUCGUGUUGCAUGUUGACAAUACUCCUUCGUGCCUAUGUUGUGAAAACAGCUAACAGUCUGUCAUGUCGAUUCCUUGAGUCGGAUUGCUGCUUACUGUGUCUUCACCCGACUGCUGCUGUGGACUUUGAGAUGAACACACAGUCGUCAUUCAGCAGAGAGUGAAAGCAGCUGACAUCAGGACACGUUCAGGAUUAUCCAAUCACACACAGAGCCAAUUAAAUAUGCAAAUGUCGGCAGCUUGGAAUGAAAUGCGUCCGCUGAUCACACUGCCCAAAAGCGACUGGGCAGAUUACGGCCUGCGGGCUAAGGGUCUCGGAGCUGCUGUCAUGCAAUGCUUCCCGAUGGCCAGAGGCGUAAAACCAAAUAAAGUUAAUCAGUAUUAAAUUUGUUAACGGUUUUCAUAUCAGUAUUUUUGUUUGUGAGAGCAAAUAAUUUCUAUGCCAAAACAUAGUUUAUAAUAUACAUAGUAUUAAAUGUCAGCUGGCUUCUGAAGUAUGUAUUUUUAAUUUUUUUGUGGACUGUAGAUAAUAGAUAAAAAUAUGUGAUAUAUAUACAGUAUAUAUAUAUAUAUAUAUAUAUUUUUGAAUAUUUCCAUAACAAGCUUUCCAAAUGUAUUAUAUUUUAAAAUUCCAAUAGAAAAUGACAAUGGAACUUGAAGCACAUUUUGAACUUUUUGAAAAGAGCAGGCUUAUAUUUUCUCGACUGUAUAACAGGAUUUGCACUGUACCGUACUCGCCAUUGUAUAGCAGGACGCGGACUGUGUACAGACGAAGCCAGAGUAGGGCGUAUUGCACAUAAAGUACAGGCGCAGUUUACAGCAUUUGUAAAUAGAAUGUGUAACGUUGUAGUUAACAAAUGUGUACUUACCCAUGAUGUACAGAGCCAUUCAUGUCCCCACUCGGUUCAAGGUGGCUUUACGCUUCAGUGUACAGAGCUGGACAUCACUUUGAAGUUCAUCAUGAAUUGGCACUUGUCAUAUUCUCACAGGUAGCUGUACAGAUUGUGGAGGAGACGCUGGAUGAGCCGCUCCUAAACCAUUGUAGUCGCUGAUGAAUUCACCAGUAAUGCGUGUGUCUCAGUCAGGUGGGCAUGGUGGGAAUGUGGGUAAGGAUUCUGUCCGGAAUGGAGUACUUUCCUUGUAACCACAACUUGAUCUGUCAUUCUUGUGCUAAUGAGCCUCGUCCAGUGAGCCAUCUCCAAAUAAACCAUGUCUUCCAUUAAAACAAUACCUGUACAAAGGGCUCCAUGCUUUUAUUCCACUGUGACUGUGCUGCACUCACUCACUAGCAAAUAAAAACAAACAUGGCAAUAAAGCAAUUUGUGAACAAAA